AAUAAAUCGGAAACGCCGACCUUCUGCAGAACACCAAUCCACAUACACAACAUUUCUGAUCACUGAAGCACAUUCCACCAUGCCUGUACCAUGGGAAGCUCUCAUUCCGUUUGGCCUGCUCACUUCAAUGUUUGCAGCAGCCGGAACGCUCUUGAAUGUUUCUAAAAGGGCUCAGAAUCAAGGCAAGCCUGUUCGAUACCACGUCGAUUCUUGGGACGAGAUGAUGAUGGACCGUGAUAGGCGGUUAACAGGACACACACGUGGACAAUCUUCAAACCCCGUACCUCCAGAAGGUUUCGAGACGAGUAGCGCUUGGUACACGGAAGCUACAUCUUAACGAUACCACAUACCAUGCUACCUUGAAUGAAAUUGUUCUUUAGAUGGAUACUAAACACCAACAUUCGGUGGGCAGAGAUCUGUCAUUGGAGGAUUUCCUGCAAAAGGAACAAAUAGUCUUGCGCU